ACUCGCAUUCCACAGCGAUCUGUUUCCAGUGGUGAAUAUGUACACAAAUUUUUGAAAAAAGUUUGCAAGCUAUCACAAUGAAGCGUGUAUUUACAUUGACCAACAAAACACUUGGAUCCCAGGGUAAUCUGAUAUACAGUUGGCAGAAAACUUUAGGCAAUUAUUUAGCCACAGCAGGAAAUGACAAUGUUGUUCGUCUGUAUGACAGACAUGGUGAACUGAAAGAAGAAAUCAACCUGCCUGGCCAGUGUACUGGAAUGGCUUGGGAUAAAGAUGGUGACUCACUGGCUGUUAUUAAUGAUAAAAAUGGUGUUGUUACAUUAUGGGAUGCCAACACUACCCGUGCCUCACAGAUUGACAGUGGAUUCAGAGAUACUAUGACAUUUCUGUUAUGGGCCAAAGCAGGACCAUACCUAGCUGUUGGUACAGCCAAAGGAAACUUACUCAUUUAUAACCAUCAAACAUCCAGGAAGGUACCCAUUCUAGGUAAACAUACUAGAAGGAUUACAUGUGGAGCAUGGAGUAAUGAGAACCUACUAUGCCUAGGUAGUGAUGAUAAUUCUGUAACUGUCAGUAAUGUAGAGGGCGACACUGUCAGACAAACAUCACUACGGGCACCACCACAGGAUGUACAGUUUUCUGAAAUGAAAGGAGAUGAAAGAAGUCAAAUUGGAGAAAAUACUGUGAGUGUAGUAAUAGGAAAGAAGACUUUGUUCCUGUAUAACUUAAACGAUCCAGAUAAUCCAAUAGAAUUGGCCUUUCAACCAAGAUAUGGAACCAUUGUUUCUUAUAGAUGGUAUGGGGAUGGUUACAUCAUGAUAGGAUUUUCCAAUGGUUUCUUUGUUGUGAUAUCUACACACAUGAAGGAAAUUGGACAGGAACUUUUUCAAGCCAGGAAUCACAAGGACAAUUUGACAUGUAUUGGAAUAUCAACAUCACUAAAUAAGGCAGCUUCUUGUGGGGAUAAUUGUGUGAAGAUUCAUGAUUUGUCUGAUUUAAAAGAAAUGUUUGCCAUCAUCCAACUUGAUGAUGAACGUGGAUUGGACAAAAUAGGUUGGACAGAUGACGGACAACUCUUAGCCGUCUCAUCAAACCGUGGAAAUUUACAUGUGUAUCUAACAAAACUUCCCAUGUUGGCCUCUUGUAACCAGACAAGGAUUGCUCAUCUGACGUCACUGUUAGAAGUUACAGUAGAAGAUAAUAUCCAACAGGAUCAGCCAGCUGCCAUACCAAUAGAUGUAGAACCAUCGUUUGUAGGACUUGGACCUUAUCACUUGGCUGUUGGCAUGAAUAACAGAGCAUGGUUUUAUUUGAUGGGAGAUGCUGGGAUAGAGAAAUUAAAAGAUCGUGAAUACCUUGGUACUGUCCAGUCUAUAUGUCUUAAUGCUGACUAUGCUGCAGCUAGGUUUGAGGGAAAAGUCCAGCUUCAUAUGAUAGAAGGUGAGACCCAAGGAACAACUGAUGAGAGAGAAACAAAAAUUUUCCCUGAAAGAGACCAAGAUGACAACAGAAUAACAUGUCAUGCCAUUACUCCAGAGUUCCUUAUAUAUGGAACUGAUAAUGGAGGAAUAAAUUAUUUCUACAUUGAAGAUUGGAACAUGGUGAAUGAGUUUAGACAUAUUGUAGGAAUAAAGAAUAUUUUUCCUGACAGUAGUGGCACUAGAGUAAUCUUCAUUGAUAACAAAAGUGAUGGAUUUGUGUAUAAUCCUGUGAAUGACCAAGUGUUGGAUAUACCAAAUUUUCAAUCAACAGCAAAAGGUGCAUUGUGGGAAAACUGGGCACCAGAUAGAGGUGUGUUUAUUACUUAUGAUGAUGAAAAGAUAUAUACUUAUAUGUACAGUAGAGAGAGUAUGCAUGGACCAGUUGUGGAGUAUGUUGGUGAAUCAAAACUUCCCUAUGGUAACAUACCUAUACUGAUGUAUGGUGGAGAGAUAACACUUCAGUCUCAGAGUGGAAGGCUAGCCACACAGAUGCUAGAUACUCACUCAGCAGUAGUUGGUGAAGACCAUGAAGACAACUUGGGUCCAGAUCAGAUAAGAAGUGCUCUGAAGCAAGGAAUAUUACUGAAGAGAUUUAAGGAUUGUUGGUCAUUCUGUCAGAAACUAAAUGAUAUUGUAGCUUGGAUUGAUCUAGGAAAAGGAGCUCUAAAAGCUUUAGAGGUGGACUUUGCCAUCAGAGUAUACAGGGAUAUUGGAGAUGUUGGCAUGGUAACAUCCUUACAUCAGUUAAGGAAUUUGGAAGAUCGUAAUCUGUUAUCAGGAAACAUAGCUAUGUUUUUGGGAGAAUUCAACCUGGCUCAAGAUUUGUUUUUAGCUUCAGGAAAACCACUGGCAGCUUUGGAGAUGAGAAGAGACUUGUUACACUGGGACAGUGCUCUACAGCUGGCCAAAGCUUUGGCUCCAGAACAGAUCCCAUACAUUUCACGAGAGUAUGCUCAGCAGUUAGAGUUUACUGGUGACUAUAUGAACGCUCUGUCUCAUUAUGAGAAGGGUAUAACAAGAGAAGAGAAGGACAGGGAACAUGAUGAAGUUUGUGUUGCUGGAAUAGCCAGAAUGUCCAUCAGAAUGGGCGAUAUUAGAAGGGGUGUUAAUAUGGCAAUGAAAAUGCCUAGUAGGAUGUUGAAAAAGGAGUGUGCUGGUAUCUUAGAAAGUAUGAAACAAUGGACAGAAGCAGCUACUCUGUAUGAACAAGGGGGAUAUUACGACAAGGCAGCUAGUGUUUACAUAAGGGCUAAAAACUGGAAUAAAGUUGGAGAUUUGUUAUCUCAUGUUACCUCACCAAAGAUACAUAUCCAGUACGCCAAGGCGAAGGAAGCAGACGGUCGGUUCAAAGAGGCAGCUGAGGCUUACAAGAAUGCUAAAGAUUGGGAUCAAGUUAUCAGAAUCAAUUUGGAUUACCUACAAAACCCUGAGGAAGCUGUGAAGUAUGUGAGAGAAACACAGUCUAUAGAGGGAGCUAAGAUGGUAGCCAAAUUUUUCCAGAAACUGAAUGAUUAUUCAUCAGCCAUACAAUUCUUGGUCAUGUCCAAGUGUAAUGAUGAGGCCUUCCAGUUAGCCCAGGCCCAUAAUCAGAUGGAGACCUAUGCUGACAUUAUAGGAGCUGACGCAACACCAGAAGACUACCAGAGUAUUGCCUUACAUUUUGAGAAUGAAAAGAACCAUUUCCUAUCUGGAAAAUUCUUUUUAUUAAGUGGACAAUACAAGAGAGCAAUGAAACAUUUCCUGAGGUGUAAUGGUGAAGAUAGCCAGGCUAUAGAGUUAGCCAUAGAGACUGUAGGACGAGCCAAUGAUGACAGUCUGACCAGACAGCUGAUAGACUUCCUUAUGGGAGAGACAGACAACAUGCCCAAGGAUGCUAAGUACUUGUUUAGGCUGUACAUGGCAUUGAAACAAUACAGAGAGGCUGCUAGAACAGCUAUCAUCAUAGCCAGAGAAGAACAAAAUGCUGGUAACUACAGGAAUGCCCAUGAUGUACUGUUCAGCAUGUUCCAGGAACUCAAACAACAGAAAAUUAAAAUUCCUUCAGAAAUGGCAACAAACCUGAUGAUUCUACAUAGCUAUAUAUUAGUCAAGAUUCACGUAAAAAGAGGUGAUCAUCUUAAAGGUGGCAGGAUGUUGAUCAGGGUUGCAAACAAUAUCAGUAAAUUUCCAUCUCAUAUUGUCCCUAUAUUGACAUCAACAGUGAUAGAAUGUCACAGGGCUGGAUUAAAGAAUUCUUCAUUCAGUUAUGCUGCCAUGUUGAUGAGACCUGAAUACAGGAACCAGAUAGAUUUGAAAUAUAAGAAGAAAAUAGAAAUGAUUGUCAGGAAACCAGACAAGACGGAGGAGGAGGAACCACUGACACCUUGUCCUUACUGUGGAUUCCAGAUCCCAGAAACUGAUCUGCUCUGUCCGGAUUGUAAAAAUAGCAUUCCAUAUUGCACUGUUACGGGAAGACAUAUAUUGAAGGAUGAUUUAACAGCUUGUCCUAAGUGUGAUUUCCCUGCUAUAUUCUCUGAAUUUCUUAGGCUGUUGGAGACUGAGGAAACUUGUCCCAUGUGCUCUGAGAAAGUGUUGAAAGAAAAUCUAGAGAAAAUCACUGAUCCUUCUAAAUAUCUUAACCCAGAAGAAGGAACAGAGUAGAAUCAGGAAAUUGUUGACAGUCCAGAAUUGAUUACAAUGUUCGACACGUUAUGGACAUAACAAACAGCUUUAAUGAUCCUAACAAUUUAAAAGACUUGAUUUCAAAUAACUUAUUCUAUUUUUGUAUUAACUUGAUCUGCACACAUUGGACUUGUACAUGAUAAAUUCAAGGAAUUUUCAUUAUUUUUCUCAUUUAGUGCUGAAUUGAAGAGUAUCGUGUUUUAUGACAGUAGUACAUUCCUAUUAUACAAUUUUUAUAUAUUUAUUAAUUGAUUAGUUUUACUAAAGAUUAUCAAUUCUUGUGAUUCUCAUGUAGAUUAUGUUAUUCCGUCCAUGUAAACAUGGUUGUUCUACAAUAAUAAACUUUAGAUGUGAAGUGUA